CCGCUCGUCUCGCGUCUCGCGCGUCUCCUGCGUGCCGCGGUGACCCGCGCGCGCGCAAGGGCGAUCGGUAUCGCGAGCGAGAACUUCCGCGGACACCUGCCGCGCGCCACUGUGAGACAUUGACCGUGACACUCGAACAACCGGUGAGAGUGCGUACCAGAGAGAGAAAGAGAGAUAGAGAGAGACGGAGCUACCACGCAACUUCGCCGGUCCAGUGAGAUCGAUUCCGAUUAACGUCAAGGGAACGAUGACAGGUUCCACUCGCGAGGAUCGGCCGACUGGACCAAAGUGUUCUCUAAUAAUUGGCGCGAUCUAUAAUAUUCUUCAGAUCGACGAAGCGUCGCUCGAAAAAUUCAAAUAGAAGCGCAAUCGUAUAGAACGCAACUGACCUAGAGCGUUUUCCAAAUUGGAUCCUCGAUUAACGAGGAUCUGUCGGGGAAAGUUGAAACCGAAUCGAAGAUGCUCGCCAACCCCGUUGUCUCGGUGCGAACGAAUUAAAAGCAAAGCGGAAAGCUCUCGCAAGACUCAGUAAACCGUUCCAAGUGCGUGCCACGUGACUCUGGUGAAUAACGCGUACGUUCGUGCGAGUGAAGUGGACGCGCGAGGGAUAUUUAAUUCUGGAAAACGUCUUUCGCAUGACCAUCGUGUAACCCGCGACAGCGCGGGUCCCCCGUAACGAAGGUGGCUCACACAGCUAGAGACAGGGCCGCCGAACUGCAGGCGGAAGUACGCAGCGCCAUAAGGGUGCUGCAUGGCUGGUGCCCCCGGCCGCCGCAAGGGCACGCGCGGGGCGAAACGGUGUUGAUGUCACCGCAGUCCCAAAUACGCGGCAAUCACGGAAGAAACGGCGGUCCGCCGCCGCCACCACCCGCUACAGUCGUGGUCAGUUCGACUUCCAGCAUGAGACCGCCGCCACCACCACCGCCUCCCAGAGCGAGAACCUCCAAUGAGAAUAAGGGCCAUCACGAAGAACCUACUAGUUCCAUUCCUGAUCUCGCGACGACGUUUGCUAUUAGAAGAAUCGAAAGGGUUAAAAUGAAUCGAUCACUUCACAAAGAUAUCGUAGGGUCUUCGACCUCGUGUCGUGCGGUGAAGGUCCGCGGAUAACCUACUCCUUGGUUACUGCACUCGAUGUCGGUGACCGGGACGUCGAUCCCUCGGAGGAGGCAAAAGACCUCUGGACUCCUCUGAACCGCGAAAUAGAGAACUACGGUAUUCGCACGGUGUAAUACGGAAAAGAAGAAUACGUUUAGCCUGCAGCUUUUUCGAGAUCAUCUUUAGAUCAAUUAAUAUUUUGUAUAAUAUUUGUAUAAUAUUUAAUAUUUUGUAGAAAAAUCAUUUUUUCGAUUAAUUUCUGUUAUAUAUAAUGAGAGUCAGUUAAUAAUUUUUCACCCAAAGAAGUUUAAGAAGUUUAAGACUAUUUUUCUUAAAAUUAUUAAAAACAGUUUUUUUAACAGUAUUUAAACAAUUAUUUAAAAAUACAUUAUGCUCUUUAUGAAUCUUCUAAUUAUAAGAAUUGUAAUUAUACAAAGAAACGGAUUGUCCGGUUUUCAUUCUUGACAUUUGCAAUAAAUGAUGAAUUUGAAGAAAAAAGUAGACGUUUGCGAAUUCGCUAUGUUCGCGUCUAUGGCAUGCCCUUCGAUUCUCAUUCAAGGUCCACGACGAGGGUGCACUGAACGUCGGCUCUUCGGGGUUUCCAUAGCGACCGCCACUAAACUACCCUUGCAACGCCCACCCGAUGGCUGCGUUUCUACUUUCCACCCUCUGUCUCGACCGAUCGAGAGCUAUCGCGCUUGCAAUCAUCCUGAAAGAAAGCAGUAUAAACUCCAUAGUGAGACGUCGUCCGUCGUCCUUUUGCACUCGUAUCCAAAAAUUGCAAGGAAUAGGUGCAGCUGUCAAUAUUAGGAUUUUAAAUUCUAUUUAUAAAAUUUUAAUUAAUUUCUUGCUUUUGUUUGUUAAAAAUAUAUAAUAGCGUGGAGAUUGUGAAAAAAUAUUAGAUAUUUUUAUAAAUAUAUAGUUUGUUUCAAACGACAAACUAAAAAAUGGAUCAUAUUAAAUAAAACAAUCUUUGUUAAGUAACUCAUAUCCGACGAUACCUUUUUGAGGCGAUAAAUGCAAUGCCUUGUAAAUGUGAUGAAGUUAGAGGUCAUCAUUUCGAAUAUUUGUUAUAUAACAUAAAUAAAUUACAAAUUUAGAAUUUACUUUCUUAUUCUAAUCUAAUCUUAUAAAAAUAAAGCAGUGUUCAACAAGAUUAACAAUUGACUCCCAGCAGCAAGAAGGCGCUCAGAAAAGAAUCACUGGGCAUGGGUUACUUAACAAAAAUUGUUCAAUUAUUCACCUAUAGAUUUCAGAUUUAUUUUCAAAUUGAAAAAUUAGAUUUUUAUGAUAUUAAUACGUAAGAUUAUGGCGCCAUGUUACUUUUCAAACAUACCAUGUCUUAAUACCAUGCUGAUAAUCGUGUAUAUUGUAGCAAUAUAAUAAAGUAGAGAACGAUAGCGGAAACACGUUAGUACUUCAGUUACGUUAGUACUUCAUGGACGGUACUCGUCGUCAUACGCCAGUCUGAAUGUUGCACUUUAUUGAUUGGACGGUAGACGGUACGUUGCUAUGGCUACACGAAUACACCGUAAAACUACCUUCGGCCCUUGCAACAUUCGCCCUUGCGUGAUACGCAGCUUUCAUAGGGCAGUUUACGAUGCAACCCCGUAGUGACUUCGCGCGGCUGCGGUAGGAAGGUCUGACAUCAAACAAAAGCUUAGGUGUAGGUGUACUUGCUUCCGAUUGAUGAAAUUUCAGACCUAUCAGAUAUCGUAUAUCAUAAUUAACGCCUGUAAUUCUAAUUUUGAAAUAACCGUACUUUGUUUCUAUUCUUCUUUUCUCACAAUAACUUAAAAAUUUAAAGACUGCUGUAAUUUAGUUUUUUAUAAAAGUCGAAUAUUACAUAUAUCAGUUAAUAAUAUACAGGAUAUUUCAAACCUCCCGUACAUCCCUUUUAAAAUGAAAAGGGAAAUGGUUUUUCAGCAAAAAUCCCGAAAAUUUUCAUGAGUACACUGUAACAGUAAAAAUUCAUGAAAAGGAAAGAUAACAAUCUGAUAAAUAAGGUCCUUUCUUGUGAGGCAUUUAUCCAUUGCCUAAUUAUUAAUAGAAUAAAGAAAAAAAUAUUAAUAUAUAUAUAAUAAUUAAAUAUUAAAAGUUUCCUGACACGUAGAUACGCAUUAAAUUUUAAAAACGAAACGAUUCGUUCCAAUUUGCAAACUUCUUCGCUUCUUCAGACAGAAUGACACAAUCCCUCAAGUCAUGAUUGCGAUUUCUCUCGACCCUAAGCGAAGUAAGGGUCGGUUGACUUCAGCCGCUAUCCCUAAAGCGUCUCGAAACAAAGACUGUUCCGAAACUCUAAUUCGUGUUGCUUUGUUCCUUUUACUUGAAAACAUGCUGAGUAAUCGUUAUUCGUCUUUAAGUUUUACUUGUAAUACAAUUCGCCAGAAUUGACGAAAGUUAAUAUGUUCCUUCCAACCAUUACAAUUACUUUUUUCAAUAAUUUAUUAGUAAUAAUGUUAUAGUUUUUAUCCGUAACUGUCAUUAUACUUUUCGGUAAAGAAUUCAACAUAUUAUAACAUCUAAUGUGAUGUAAUAUUAAAAAAAUACUUCAUUAUCAUCUACAAUUUUUUGUUAAAAUACCAGAUAAAAGUUUUCACUUGAUUAUUUUUGUAACGUAGUUUGCAUAGUUCCAGUAAUAUUUAAAUUUACUACAAUUACAUCUGAAAUCUAUCUCUAUCUCAACUUUUAUCGCAAAAGAUCAUCUAAGAAUAAGGGACGUGUCUAACAAAGAAGCAAGUAAAUGGAUAUGCGACGAAUUAGCGAGGCUAAUUUGUUAAGCGCUAUUGCUAUUAGAAUAGAAAUGAGUUUAUUCCGUCGUUAUGACGGCAUUAAGCAGACAUUAUUGGCAUAUGGCAGACUCUCACCGAUUGGUAAAAAUACCGGAAGAGAGGGUACCAGGAUUCCGGAGCUGAUUGCGCGGGACAAGGUCGUCGUUACCCUGACAACGGUGUAGUCGGCGGCACGUGCUGCCUCUGUUCCUCCUCAUCUACUGACCCCAAAAUGUACGCGUGACGAUCACUUUGGACGUCCUCGUGGGAUUUGGGUUACUAUCACGGGAAAGUGGGAAAGAUAAAAUAUCGUGCAGAAGAAUAUUGAAUUGAUGCUCAGUCCUGAAAUUUAUUGAUAUUGCUACGCGAACAAUCCGGAUUUUCGAUAAUUGCUGAAAGCAUACAUGACGAUAAAACAAAGAUUUCAUCCUGGUAAUUGUAAAACGUUAAUGGAAUGAUUUAACAUUUUAGAGAGCUAGCGUUAUGUAAUCUCACAAUACUAUUUUAAAGUAAUAAUAUUUUUUUUUAUACAUUGAAAAAAUGAAGCUAAAAGGCAAAGAAUGUAUUUUUUCUUUUAGU